CCAUCGCUAGCCUAAACAGAAAAUGGCGUCAGCUGAUUCCCAGCCGAGGUUUGGCCAGUCUGUCAAGGGGCUGUUAUCCGAUAAAGUGGGCUCCUGUGGCGGGGACGUCAUCGUGCUGACCCGCCAAGUGCUAAAGGGAUCUCGCAGUCAGGAGCUUCUUGGUCAAGCAGCCAGAAAUAUGGUCAUUCAGGAGGACGCCAUCCUGCACUCUGAGGAUAGUCUGAGAAAGAUGUCCAUUAUCACCACACACCUACAAUACCAGAGGCCAUCCAGAAGAAGUGAGUCUAAACACAACACUCUGUUUAUGCUUCAGCUGACAUCGCUGUCUCAUCUGUGAGCCAUAACACAAACCGGUGACGUGCACUGAAUUCUUUUCCAUCCUCCAGCGUGGAGCACUCUAAAAACCUGCAGGACCAGCUGAGACACCUGCUGAAGUGACGACGCGCCCCCACCCCUUUUAAACCGCCGCUGUGUCAGCAGGAUGAGACGCCGUGUUUCUACUUCCUGUCCGGUGAUCUGGGACUGUGUCCUGUGCUCCGAGGGGCUGUGAACACUCUGCAGCAGCAAACAACCGUGUGGAGCUACGUGGUCUAGCUGAGCUGGAAGCCAAGCGUUCUCUGUGCACGUGACCGUUGUUCCCCAACCCCUAACCCUCGUUAAUGGUGCCUCCUUAUAUGGCGCUUACAGCUGAUGGCGCCGCCUCGAGCCAACAGUUAGCACCGUUCAGCCACCGCCAUGUUGAGAGCUGCGUGGAGGCAGUGUCUCUCUCUCAAGCUGGUCCGACUCCGACCAGAGAGGCCUUCAGGUUUCUUUGUUCUUUCAUGGCAGCUAUUGCGGUCAUGUUUAAUUUGACGUAGAUGAUCAUUUGCAGGUUAUGGAAACAUCCGAGAAGACGGCGUCAGAAGCAGCUGAUCGUCAUGUUAAACUUUGGCUAUGACAGAAUUAAUUUGGCAGAGGUCGUUUCCAUAAUUCAUUGAUCUUUUUGACUAAAUCAAAAACCACCUCAAUGGAGCGGUGGAAACUCUUUUCCUUUUCCCGCAAUUGAGGAAGUUUUAUCAAACUUAGCUGGUUCCAUUGAGCUUAUCCAUAAUGCGAUAUUUCAAAACGUGCAUCAUUAUAUGUGGACGGAAACGAGGCUCAUCAUAGACUUGAUCUGCAGCAACCCUGUUAUCUUUCUUGAGUUGUUUGAAAUGUUUUGAUCAUUUGUAUUGCAUUAAUAUCUAUUAAACACGUUGUUGUCUGUCA